GAUAGCUGAUAAUUUCUAUUUGUGUGAAGGAUGCACUGUACCCCGUUGUCUACUAUAUGAAUUGUAUAUGGAAAGCUGCAGUCCAAAUACCAAGUGUCAAGUAAAUCCAGCCACCUUUGGAAAGCUUAUUCGGAGAGUUUUCCCAGAUCUGGGGACAAGAAGGUUGGGCACAAGAGGGAAUACCAGGUAUCAUUAUGAUGGAAUAGCUAUGAAGUCAACCUCUUCCUUUUAUGCACGUUAUUGCUCUCUUCUGUCUGAAGAGAAUUAUCACAGGCACCACUCUCCAGAGGAAGCGAGCAGCUCUGCCUGUCAACCCAGCACCUCUGCGGGCACCAGUGGGAAUGCCUGCAGUUCUGGAGGUGCAGCUGGUUACAACAGCAAUAGCCAAAACCAAAGAACCAAUUUGCGCUGUUCUCCACCUGUCAUUUAUCUGAAGACUCAAAUGGAGAGAUUUCAGUACCCUUGGCCUACAUUCAGCAGAUUCUAUCUUUGGGAGCAAGAGCUAGCAAAGAAAUACCCCUACGAAAUGGUUCUACUGCUUGCCGAUGAGUACUAUAGCCAUUGUCGAGAUAUUUUACAUAUGGUGAGAAGGCACGAGCUUGACGAGGUGGAAAACUGUAUCAUGUCAUUCUGGAGGUCUCUGCAGCCUGAAAGAAUAGCACUGAUGUCCUUGCCAGAUGUAUGCCAGCUGUUCAAAAGCUACGAUAGGCAGCUAUACAAGGAAAUAGAGACUAUCCUAUUUUACGAUUUCCUGGAGGAGGUGCCUGUGGAACACAUGACGUCAAUCAGAUUGUUCAGUAAAAAUGUUGAAGCUUGGCUGCUCAAUGCUUUGCAAGAGUUUCCGUUACCGCUAAAAACAGCCAAAACUAAUGAAGUUACAGCGUUUAUUGCAAGACUCAGGAGAAAGACAGACCUUUCUAACAUGGCCAAGACAAUGAGAAAAGUCUUGAACAGCGAGAGCAAAGUCACUGUUCUGCAAUCAGACUUGCGUGCGGUCAUCAAUCAGGGAUUUCUGGAUGUGCCUGGAAACCUCCUUCAAAAGUUUAGGGAUCCGGAGGAGUUGCAGAACGACAUAGAAUUCAAAUGUUUGAAUGACUUAAUGGCUUUGCUGGCACCUUGCACAGAUAUCCGGGUUCUCCUGAACUGUGUGUCUUCAAAUCUUCAGGCUUUUGUCAUUCAGCCAAGCAGGAGUAAAGAGGAGUUUAAAAACCUGGCAUCGGAUUUCCAGUUGAAAUGGAGCUUCCUACUGAAUGCAGUAGGCAAGGCUAUGACGCUCAACUAUGCAGAGAGUUUUGGGUCCUGGCAUUUGCUUAAUUUGCUACUCGUGGAUUUUGUGACUUACAUUUUCCUGUCCUAUAUGGAGGAGACAGGAGAUGAAAGUUUCUGGGCUGCAAAGCAAAAUGAGUCCCCUGUUCUGUGCGUUUAUGAGCCCAGCUAUCUCUGGGGCUGUUUUGUAGAGGGGCAACCUCAAGCCAAUGCUCCACAGACAGCUCCCAUAACUUUGAUGCAGAGCCAGAGCAACUUUGAAUUGAGCAACGUUUUUCCAGAGUUCCAAGUUGUUCAGUGGAAACAGCCAUAG